AUGAAGCUGAAGGAACUGCACAGCAUCAUGCAGGACAUCGACACCUUUAAUGAGCCCAAGGUCGACCUCGAACAAUACCCCACGGGCCCUGAAAUUGCCUCGCGGAUGUUAUUCACGAUAGAGAGUGUAUACGACGACUUUGCUGGAAGGACGGUGGUAGAUCUGGGAUGCGGCACCGGAAUGCUGGGCAUUGGAGCAGCGCUGCUGGGCAGCUGCCAUGUCAUUGGAGUGGACAUAGACAGCGAUGCUCUGGACACUGCACAGGGCAAUCUAGACAGCUUUGAAGAUCUCCAGAUGGAUCUGUUGCAAUGCAGCAUUGCUGAGCUGGAAAGGCAGCCCAGGCUGACAGCAGACACAGUCAUCAUGAAUCCGCCGUUUGGCACCCGCCGCAAGGGAGCCGACCUGGAUUUUCUCAGAGCAGCGUUUCGGGUGUCGCGUGGGUCAGUGUAUUCCCUGCACAAGACCUCGACGCGCGCCCACAUACAGCGGGUGGCCCAGAAGGAGCUGUCAGCACACAGCGCUGAGGUGGUUGCACAGCUGCGUUAUGACCUGCCCGCCUCCUAUGCUUUCCACAAGGAGCGCUCAAGGGACAUUGAGGUGGAUCUGUGGAGGUUUGAGGUGCCUCUGCGCCGAUGA